UGGAACCACAGACUGUCCAAGCAUUAAGAUGUCUGCCAAAGCAAUUGUAUUAGCUGCAUUCCUGUGCGUCGCCCAAUGCAACCCACUGGGUCUGGGCGGCACCACCGUCUGCGAGUCCGGCCCCAACUUCCUCGGCGGACUGGGCACGACAGUCUGUGAAUCUGGCCCCAUCGGCUUGGGCGGCCUCGGCUAUCUUGGCGGUAUCGGCGGACUUGGCGGACUAGGGAGUCUUGGGCUCGGAGGGAUCGGGCUUGGCGGCUUAGGCUCGGCAACCGUUUGCGAAUCUGUCCCAGCUUUUGGAUGGGGUGGACUCGGUUUGGGCGGUCUCGGUCUCGGUGGAAUCGGCGGAGUCGGCGGAGUCGGCCUCGGCGGGCUCGGAUCAACGACAGUUUGCGAAUCAGGCCCUGGCCUAGGAGUCGGUAUGGGCGGCCUUGGGAUGGGCAUGGGGAUGGGUGGUUUAGGUGGCGCUACUGUGUGUGAGUCGGUACCUAACUACGGUUUGGGAGGAAUUGGCUUGGGAGGCUUGGGAGGAUUGGGGUCUUAUGGCCUUGGCCUUGGUGGAUUGGGUGGUAUUGGACUCGGCGGUCUUGGCACAACUGUCUGUGAAUCCGUACCGAAUAUUGGACUCGGAGGCCUAGGCUACUUAGGCGGUAUGGGAGGCUUAGGUAUGGGCGGCUUAGGUGUGGGGUCUACUACCGUUUGUGAGUCCUCACCGAACAUGGGUUGGGGUCUUGGCGGAUUAGGACUGGGUGGACUUGGCCCUAUUGGUGGUUUAGGAGGUUUGGGUGGUUUAGGCCUUGGAGGUUUAGGCUUAGGAGGCUUGGGAGGUGCUACUGUCUGUGAAACCAUACCUAGCUAUGGCGGCUGGGGUAUGGGCGGUUUAGGUUUCGGCGGUUUGGGAGGCUUAAGCAUGCCCUUAGGACUUGGCCUCGGAGGUCUUGGCUAUAGCAGUUUGGGCCUAGGCUUGGGCGGACUUGGCGGGAUUGGCGGGAUCGGCGGGAUAGGGGGAAUUGGAGGCGGAACCACAGUUUGCGAGUCCAGUCCUAAUUUGGGCCUCGGUUUAGGUUUGGGGUACCCAGGUUUAGGCGUUGGGGUUCUAGGCCGUCCUUUUUUAUAGAUAGUAACACCUGUUCGUCCCAUUAUACAAGCAACACGUUAAUUAAUGGACCCUAUCCCGUUGUCUCUCGGGACAGUUCCGGCACUUAUACUGACCGGUCCCUCAAAAUGGCACUUUGAUUAAAAAUUCAAGCAUAAUAAAAAAAUACUUCAGAUUUAUUGUUUUCGUACAGACUUAUUAAAAAAA